AUCGCCACGCGCUAAUUCAAAAGCAAAAAAUAAGAGAGUCAAAGUGUUGUGUUCUGUAUUUUUCACAUAAAACUCGGUGAAUUUUAGCGAAAAAUCCCGCAAAUCAGACGAACUCCGUUGAGCAAAAAAAAAAUUUUUCUUGUCACGACAUCAGUUUUUUUUGGAGUAAUUUUCAACUUGAGGAAAGGUAUCGAGUUACACAGACAGCAAAAUGGCAGAUCAACAAUUUUUCUUGAAAUGGAAUGAUUUUCAAACAAAUAUGGUAACGUCUUUCCGGCAUCUUCGGGAUGAAAAGAGCUUUACAGAUGUUACAUUGGCUUGUGAAGGACAAACAUGCAAAGCACACAAGAUGGUGUUGUCAGCUUGCAGUCCAUACUUCAAAUCGCUGUUAGAGGAAAACCCAUCAAAACAUCCCAUCAUCAUACUAAAGGACGUCUCGUACACCCACUUACAAGCAAUAUUAGAAUUUAUGUAUGCCGGUGAAGUGAAUGUUUCGCAGGAACAAUUGCCCGCCUUCCUCAAAACCGCCGACAGACUUAAGGUGAAGGGACUUGUUGAGACACCAGCCUCAAUUAAACGGGAAAAUUGAUAUGAUGACACAGAUACGUAAAUACUAAACUAAACAACAAAAACAUGUAAAGAGGUGCGUUAUUUAUCCAUCAUCCAGUAAAAAAAAUGGAUGAGCAUGGAAAAUAGCAUGUAAGAUAAAUCGUCGUAACAUUCGUAAAACUUAAGUGAAGAGGACCCCAUUUAUAUAAAAUUUUAGUACACAAUUUGCAUAAAUAUUGUCACACAUUUAUACAACAACAACAAAACACAAAUCGUGUCACUUUGCAGAUAAUAAACAAACAAUACAAAAAAAACCAAGAGAAACAAUAAUUAAUAACAGAAAAAAAUAUAGAAACAGAUUCAGUUGACGUUAUAAAACAAUGAGAAGAAAAGUUUUAGUUCAAUUUAUUAUUAAUUAUAUAUUACUAUUAUCUUGUAGGUAAAAGAUGCUUUAUAUUAUAAACAUAUAUGAUGAUAAUAAAACAUAAAAUUUAAUGACAUACUACUGAAAAACAAAUGACAGAAGAAAGUAAUAGAGAAAUUUUAGUUCCAAACAAAAAAAUCGUAUCUAAGAAAUGAAGUGCUUGCUUGUAAAAUGCACCUUUCCCUAAUAAAAAAAUGAAAAAAUCCCAGUUUAGAAUACUUUUUGCAUAAAUGUUCAUGUACUCACCCAAAUUUUAAUAAAAAAAAUGAAAGAGCUUCGUUUUUCGAUGUUUGUUAAAAAAAAAUACAAAAGCACUCUCGGACUUUAAGUUAAGAAAAAAAAAAUAAAAAAUCGUUCCAAAUCCCAUAGAUUUUAGUUGAUAAAAUUUUGUUACCAUAAAUUUUAAAGAAAAAUUUCUCUUUUUUUUUUUUUUGAAAGACAUCCUUUCGUUCUUGAAAAAUUUUCCUAUGCUGUGCAAUUGUUUGAAUCAAAAUUGAAGCUCGAAAGGAUGUCAAUUAAUUUCUCUUUUACUUAAAAAAAAUCUUUUUUUUUAAAUUCUUUGAAGUAUAAGAAAAUUUGUUGCACAUAAUUUUUUCAACUGUCUCUUAUGUUUAA